UAAAGCCUCAAGCGUGGCUGGAGAUGCCACCAUUUCAGCAGCCCCAACAAAAUAAGUUAUUCCUCGGCUGGCAUGGACUUCCUCUGCAAGCCUUAGCUUGGAUGCCUCGCGAAGAGAUUUUUUAGUUCUGUUUCAAAUGUAUUCUGGGAAUGUUACGCAGACUCCCCGUGAAAAUGCUUGGCAAAUGCUUCUCAGCAUUGUACCUGGCGGGCAAUCCGCAUGAAACCUCGCACACUAUCAAAAUGGCACCCAAUUCGAAUACAUCCUCUCUAGAGAACCUCAACGGAUCUGUCCGUUCCACUCACAGUAACCAUACCUACCAUUCCAUCGGUCUUGCAAGAACCACCAUGUCACGCGCCGCAGGCUCAGCGCAUACACAUGCAAACCGACAUCAUACUUACCCCGCGCCAGUUGCCAGAGAGUAUCAUUACGCAGACAACUCUGCCGCUGGCCAUAAUCUAUACCAUUCCAACCGCAACUUCAAUCAAACUGCCGUCAUGUAUCAAGAACCGGCUCCUCUCAAUCAGCUCUACACAAAUCAAACUCCAACCAGGAGCCAGACCUACCUACUUCCUGCGGCAACAUAUACGAUGGAGACAUACGACUCCGAGAUUAGCCUAGAUGAGGAGCCCGAUAACAACACAGAAACGGUUCCAAGCCAGCCGGAGGGAAGCGUUUCUGAUACAGAGCAAAUGUCUAUUGCAGAUGGUAGCCAAAGUUCGUGGAAUGCGACAUACGGCAUUUACGAACACAACGACACAGAGUACUCCCCAUCUCGAUCCAACACAGAUCAUGGUGACGGUGAGGAUGAGUACUAUGUCGAGCAGCCCGACACACCUCCUGAGCGAGAGACUUACAGCACCCGCCCUCAUUCUCCCACUACACAAAGAUACCUUCAAGAAGACUCUCCACAAGAGCGUAUAGUCCUGGGACUCCCAAGACAAUCAAGGAGAGAGGAGCGUCGCGCUUAUGAGCGUUCCAUUCGCCGUGGGGCCUCUCGUCGUGAAACUACUCGGCGUCGCUAAGCGCCAGAAUGCCGCUCACGUCAGAGCCCACUCCCUUACACAUUGGGAAUUGAUUGCAGUGGAGGACAAGGAAGAAUGGCUCUGAUCCGGCUAUUUU